UGACAUAGAGUUAAAUCUGUCGCUUGUCGUGGGCAUAAUUUUUCUAGAUUUAAUAAUUUCAAUUUUAUUAUUGAAUUGAAGGAAUUUAGCGGUGUUGUUUGCAGAGAGAUUUAAAAGUAUUACGUAGUUAAUUUUAAAACCGUUCUAUAUGAUGCAAUUAGCCACCCCUUUAUAAUUAUAUAAAAUAUGUCCUGUUGAAAGAAUAUGCUUUAAUUCUACGAAAACAUAGAAUUACAGUAAAAUGUUACCCUCUAUUGCAAUCAAAUUCUGCUUUCGGAAACUGGGAAGGCGGCCUGAUCAAUUCAAAUAUGUGCAUAAAUUAUAUUUUGAAAAUAGAAGGCUGCAACAAGAGUUUUCGGUCGCCGACAAAAUAUUUUGCAGAUAUAUAAACACAUCUAUUCAUUUUUACGACAAGAGCAACGCUAAAGAUGCAAAAGAUUAUUCUGAAAACUCAUCCAUAAAAGAUGAACAUAAGAUAAUUAAACAAAGUGCCACUGGUGACAUAAUAGUUAAAACUGAAACUGAUGUUGAUAAGGUAGUCACCAAAGUUACUAUAGAAAAGUCACAACAAGAAACAACACCUCCACCACAACAGCCUACGCCUGCUCCAGUGAAAAAGAGGCUUUUAAUAGAUUUUUCGGCAUCUUAUACUGAGCGGAACUUCAUUACACCAAUGCGUGCUAUGACAGAGUAUUUGCUCAAGCAGUCUGAUCUUGAAACCCUUCCUAAAGUUUUGAGGAGGUCACCUUAUGAAGCAGAGCCACCUAUAACAGUUUAUUAUAGAAAAGACGUUGAAGCCAAAGCCAUUGAGGUCUGGGGUUCAAAAGAAGCCUUAGAAAAGGAAUUACUAAGACGUGAGCUGGACAGACGAAGAUAUGAGCAAGAUGUGUUCACUGUAAAAAGAAGGUUAAGAAAUUACAGACGUGAGAUGAGCCACAAACGCCUAAGACCUGAGACAGAGGAAUUGGGCUUAAAGACUAGAUCUGGUAGAGUAGUGCUCACUGCAAUAGGAAUAAAUGGAUGCAACUUUUUGUUCAAACUAUGUGCCUGGUUCUAUACUGGAUCACAUAGUUUAUUUUCGGAAUGUAUUCACUCACUUGCUGAUACAGUCAAUCAACUGAUUUUGGCUUAUGGUAUACAUAAAUCUGUGCAAAUGGCAGAUCCUGAUCAUCCAUACGGAUAUACAAAUAUGAGAUAUGUAUCAUCCCUAAUAUCUGGUGUUGGUAUAUUUUGUGUUGGAAGUGGAUUGUCAUUUUACCAUGGAGUCACUGGCAUUCUUGAUCCUCAGCCCUUACAUGAUUAUUUUUGGGCAUACUUUGUACUGGGUGGAGCAGUUGUUUCUGAAGGUGCAACGUUGAUGGUUGCAUUAAAUGCUGUUCGUAAGGGUGCAAAAGAAGCAAAUGUUCCUCUGUAUGAAUAUGUGAUGCGCAGCUCAGAUCCGUCUGUAAAUGUAGUGCUACUAGAAGACACGGCGGCGGUUGCUGGUGUGACCGUAGCCGCGUCCUGCAUGGCUAUAUCUCAGUACACUGGCAACCCCUUGCCCGAUGCGAUCGGCAGCAUCCUUGUGGGCACCCUGCUCGGUGGCGUAGCCUCCUUCAUUAUCCUUAGUAAUGUUAAUGCACUAGUUGGCAGAUCCAUUCCUCAAGAACAGUUGGACGAGAUAAAUAGUGUAUUAGAGCGAGACUUCAUGAUUAGAGCCAUUCACGACGUGAAAGGCAUAGAUAUUGGAAGCAAUCUAAUAAGAUAUAAGGCUGAAGUGGAUUUUGAUGGAAGAGCACUUACACGAUCAUAUCUAGAAAAACAUGAUCUAAACCUGUUAUUAGAGGAUAUGAAAAAAAUCGAAACGAUUGACGAUGUCGAAGCCUUCCUUCUAAAACAUGGUGAAAACAUCGUGGACAUGUUGGGUGGUGAAAUAGAUAGAAUAGAGUUGAAAUUACGGAAAAAGUUCCCGCAAGUUCGUCAUUGUGAUUUAGAAAUUCUCUAAGGCACAGCUUCAUUCUAUUUAGUUAAGCGAGUACUUGGAGAAGUCAAGAAUAAAAAUAUGUAUUUAAUAUUUUUUCUUAAAUUUUAAGUACCAAGUUACACAGCACUGUUUUUCUAAUGGAUAUGCUGGAACUUGACAAGUUAUUAUUUACACAAACAUUGUGAUGUUACUUUGCUCGGAAGCUCAACAUAAACAUUUAAAAAGUACCUACUCGAGCAUAGGUUUAAUCCUGUGAUUCGUUAAAUAUUUUACUAUGACAGACUUGAUAUCCUUGAAUUCAGCAGAUUCAUUUAUACGUGCUGGCUGGACAGGCCGUAUCCGAAAUGACACUCAAAAUGCCUUUCUAACUCGAGUACAGAUUCAAACCUAUGAAUGAUUUAGACCUAGCUACAGUCAAGUGACGAUUGCUUGCAUGUUGCGUAAAAUUAAUCAAAACUAUCUACAUAUUAUGUCUCCGAGUGACAACGUAUUUUGCAUAACAAAUAUGCACAAAAUACGCCUGUCGUCAUCUGAAAGUUGUAUGCAUUCGUCAAAUGACGAACCGUGGACAGGGUGCUUAUACUACCCGUUCGCGCUAAGUUUGCCGGUCUGUGGAAUGCGCGUCCCCUCCCCCAACCGCGAUUAAACGCAAUUAGUUAUUGAUUAAACGAUUUUUAUCAAUAUUAAUAAAUAAAAAUAUUUUCAAUAUAGUUUGCUAUAGUUAUAGACGCUUUCCGUCAUAUCGCCAGCGGCAAACUUAUCGCGAACGGAUAGUAAUUAUGUUUUUAGUCUAUGUAACAUUCUAUUCCUUCUAUAGAUUUUCUCGAGUUUAAAUGCAAUUUUGGACUGACAUUUUAUAAUUUAUACGCCUCAGAUACAGAUUGUAAAAGAACCACGCCCAACUAAUAGUGGUCACGCCCUCUUUUAUGGUUUUUUAUUUUUAUCUGUAAAGUGGCUUCCAAAAUUCGAGCAAAGUGACCUACCGGGACGGACAUAAAUGUUAUUCCGAAUUAAUUGUUAAUCCAUUUAAGUAUAUUAAUGUUAUGUUAAGUAGGUAGCUUCAAUAUAAAGAUAUUAUCUCUUUUCUUCUUUACCAACAGCGGCGCGUGAACGCUGAUGUUUAUGUCUAGCUAAAUAAUGUCGAAGUAAAUUUUUAAAUUCUCUCAACACGUUUCUCUGUGAUUUAGUUGUAAAUAAAAUACUAUGUAAGUAUGUAAUUGUAUAGGUGUAAAAUUUCAAUAGUUAGUUAACAAAAGCUAGCCAAUGUACAUAAGUGUAGAGAUAUUUAUUAUUAAACGUUGAAGUUAAAUUUC